AUGUUGUGGAAUCUGCUGGCUCUUGGUCAGAUUACCCAGAGAACCAUAAACACUGCUUCACGCAGGCAUAUUGAAAAUGAAGUUCUGGAGAAACAAAAGCUGUUUCUGGAGGAUAAUGGAAUUCCAGUGCAUCUAAAGGGUGGGGUUGCUGAUGCCCUCUUGUAUAGAGCCACCAUGGUUCUUGCAGUUGGUGGAACAGCAUACACCAUAUAUCAGCUGACAAUGGCUUCAUUUCCCAAGAAGCAGGAUUGA